AUGGAAACGACUCUAAAUAGGUCUUUUCGGUUUGACGAACUAUUUGGUAAUCCUUUUGCUCCAAAAAGAGAGGAGACGCAGAAGGCUCAGCCGGAUGAAUUCGUGUAUCAACCAUCCGCUUAUUGUCGCUUGAUGGACGAAAUGAUUGGUCAGCAAUCAAGACCGUGGAAUCCCCGGCGAACUCCAACUAUUCCGAAACAGACACUUAGUCUUCCACCGAUGAGCCCUCAAGAAUUGAUGUUGAGCCGAGUGAUGGAAAAUUGCGUUUUCAAAUCUGUUGUUGCUGGGGUCUUGGGUUAUGCUCUUGGUGUGGGCCUAGGUCUGUUUACAGCUUCUGUAGAUCCGUCGAUGUCUAUGGUUGGAGGAGAUCCUAGCAAACCCCUGACCCUGAAACAAACGUGGAUUGAGAUGAAAGGAAGGAUGAAAUCCUAUGGUAAAAACUUUGCUUCGAUUGGUGUACUGUUUGCUGGCACAGAAUGUUUGUUGGAGACUUAUAGAGCUCGGAGCGAUUGGAAAAAUGGUACCUACUCUGGAGGAAUUGUAGGUGGCUUGCUUGGGUUACGAGCAGGCGUUAAACCAGCUCUCUUUGGUGCUGCCGGGUUUGCAGCAUUUUCUACUCUCAUUGAUUAUUAUAUGAGGAGAUAA